GGUAACACAAUAACUACAUUUUAUCUUUACAAGACAUUCCAGUGGUUAAGACAUGUUUUGACAUAUUAGAUAUAUUAAGAUGUAUAUAGGAAUCUAAAUUAUUUUGUGUAUUAACAAUAUCCAAUCGAACAGGAUAAAUCACUGAUAUCUAAAUAUGGCUGUCCCGGGUAAAAAGGCAUCUCGGAAAUCCUCAUCCAUACUAUCUCAAGGCUGUGCUGAAGAUUUCGACAUUUUCUGUGAAACAUGUGACAGAGAUGAUAUCAGGCUUCCUGCCUUUGGUUACUGUGUAGAUUGUGAGGAACACUUAUGCCAUACCUGCUUUAAUAAUCAUCGGCGACCCAAACCAUCCCGCCAUCACCAACUGCUAGACAAAGAUCAUAUGCCACAAAAACAAUACCUCCAUAAAUCAUCGAAGUCUGCUCCCAGUAUACAAGUCGAUGAUCUAACAAAGCCUUGUACUAAACACACGAAAGAAGCAAUCAAAUUUUAUUGCCAGGACCACAAUGCUCUUGUAUGUAGUGUAUGUGUGACCCUUGAACACACACCAACAUCCUGUCAUGUGGACUACAUACCUGAUAUAUCAGGGCAGAUUAUAGACAGCAUCGAGUUCAAGGAAACUCUGAAAGAUAUUGACAUAUUGACAUACAAAUGGUGCCUGAUAACUAACGAUCUGCAUCAAAGAGUUGCUUUAUCAACGACUUCAGUACAAGAUGCUAUCGCAGAAAUAGAAAACUUCAGAAAAGAGAGUAACCAUAGAUUAGGCAAAUUAGAAAAGAAUGUUUUAGAUGCUGCAAAAACAAUCAAAUACAACAACAACGAAAAGUUGAAUACAACAGAAACAACAUGUGGUGCCAUCAACGAAUCACUCCAAGCAUCAGCUGAUUCUCUUAAACAUCUCAAUUCACACAAGAAAACUGAGCAACUGUUUGUUGAACUUAAGAUAGCUCAGCAACUGAUUCAAACUUGCGAAAAAAGAACGUCAGAACUACCAACAGUUGACAAAUACAUCUUUGAACCAAAUCAGGCUAUCAAAAAGGUCCUCCAAGACGAGAAAUCAUUAGGAAUAUUAAACAAUAAAAAACUGGAGCAGCCAGCCCAACCAAUGAAAAUGUCUACUCCUAGAAAUAUCAAUGCUAAAACAUCCUUAGAUAAAAGGAAUUGCUACAUUACUGGUUUUACUGUUUCUUCUCCAAACAAAAUAUUUGCAGCAGAUAAGUCUAAUAAGUCAAUUAAAAUGAUAGACACUAGAACUGGAGCUAUCAAACAAGUACAGCUUGACUCAGCACCCUGGGAUGUCACCAUUGUCUCCAGUGAUUCACUUGCUGUUACAUUACCGGAUAGUGAGACAAUACAGUUCGUUUCAUUCUCCUCGGGCUCACUUUCACCAAGAAACAAACUGAAGGUAGAUGGACGGUGUUAUGGUAUCAGUCAUCAUCAGGGGAAACUUGCAGUAACAUUUAAAGAACCUGCUAAACUCCAAAUAAUGGACUUGAAAGAUAAUACUGAAAUUACAGUUGAUACGGAUUUCAGUGGUUUCAGUAUUCUCAGGUUAGCUAGGUUUGUCACUACAAACUAUGAUUCAAUCUAUGUCUCUGACAAUCGCAAUGGUGCAGUUAUGAGGUUUAACUGGCAGGGAGAGUUGAUGGAAAAAGCAGGAAUUAGUUCCGUAAGGGGUAUUACACUGUUAAAUGAUGGAUCCUUAUUAGUCAUUUCUAACAAAACAAUAUACUUAGCAAGCCAUGAGUGUAAAUACAUGAAAACUGUUCUUGAGGAUGUAGAUGAACCUUUUGCUAUAUGUUGGUGUGCUGAAACCCGUACACUUUGUGUAAGUAGAUGCAAAUAUGACAGUGUAGAGAUGAACAAUGAUAUCAAAAUGUAUAAAAUGAUGUAAAAAAAACAACAAGAUUUGGCAAUUGAUGCAAUCAUAGCAAGACGUGUAACAUUACAAAUGGUUUGAAUACACCAUAUCUAACAAUUGCAAUGGAAUCGUGGUUCAUAGUAAUGCGCCAGAAAAGUAAAUGAGAGGUCGCAUAUUUGUUUGGAAGGAAACCGAUGGCCUUUCAUAUCAGACCUUAAUUAACAGAGCUGUUCAGAAGAAGGGUUGUAUACUUCUAAAACAGGCAACUGCUGUAUUAUACCCUACUCUUAAGGUUAAAAAAUAUAAUAAAAUAACAAAAAGAAACAACAAAAAAACUGCAGGGUGCGUCGCAAUAUCGGACACAUCAGCAGUAAAUAAAACCGAAGAAAAAAGCUGACAUUUAAGACAUAUGUAAAUAAUUAUAUAAUUAGUUAUAUGCAUCUCAGCAGAAGGAUAUACGACUGUCUUCUCUGUUGAAAUAUUGAAUUAGGGAAACUCAUAGAAAAUAAUAACAGAAACAUUUGGUGACAAAGGGGACACAACUUUGGAGGCUUGAUUGUCCCAAUUUAUUAGAAACCUGUUUUAUACAAAUGACAAGUCAUGUGAAAAGCCGUUAAAAAUGGUUUUGAUAAUUGGUAAAUCAGUUACUUUUCAAAUAUUAUAGUACAUCAAAAAUAAAAAAUUAAACCACAAGCAAAACCCCUGGUGCAUAACUUCUGGUGCUAAUCAACACACCUGUAAAUUUUGUUGACUCUAGCUCAAGCACUUUUAGAGCUACAUGUGGCACAUAAGAACGCAUGGACAGACAGACGAGGGCCAAUCUUAAUCCCCCCACUAUAACACAAAGCUUGUCACCAUUUGAAUGAUUAAUUAAAGGUCAUGGGGUGACUUCUAUCGUCUAAUUUCUUUUCCUAUUAGGUAACUAUUUUAGUACAAUUUAUGGGUGUGUCAUUAAAACAUAUAAACUCUCACUAUGGUUAUUUAUAUGGUAUACAUAUUUGCUUAACAAGUCAUGUAAACCACUUUACAGCAAAAUACACGUUUAUUAUUUCAGUCCUAAUUUUGGCCACUAAUGUUAUUCAAAUUACUGCUUCUGCAAGAUGGCUCCUAAUGCAACUUGUGUUG